GAAUCACACAGACAAGAGCUGAGCAAACGCAAGGGCUGUCCCAGUGAAAGUGAUCGGUUAGCUUCACAUUAGUCAGGUAAUCUCGCUUAAAAUAUGAAAGAAAUCUGAUGAACCCGCGUUGUUCUGGUGUCUGGGGUAAUAUAUUUUUGGUUGCUGUCUUUGAGUCGUGGUGCAAUCGGUAUGCACGUUCAUUUUGCAACAUUUCAGGAUUCUAUAUGAUGAACCCAGUGCACAAAAAAGUGGAUUGAUAAGUAAUCUACAUGAAUCUAACAGUGUUAAGGAUGUAAUACAGUGCUCAUCCCUUGAUUAACAUUUUCUUCGUACAAAAACCUAUGACUGAGCGAACGGUACUAGUACUUUUCGAGGACAUCUUCUCAAUUUCAACAUUCAUCGAUCAGUGUAGCAGAGGACAGUAGACCUGGAGUGAAGUCGUUUUGAAUAUCACAUUGAGCUUGAUACCUAGACAAGCCAUGGCGGGGCGCAGUGUCACAAGAGCCAGCCUCGGAAGGGAAGCUAAGCUGGGAGACUUGUACGAUAUCAGGACCGAGAGAUUUCUGACUGAAGCCCUAUUCGUUUCUAAACUGGAAGACAAUAUGGUGGAGAACAUGGGCAUUGCCGAGACUGAUAUAGAGAUGGCAAUGUCCGACAGUUUCGAGGAGAAGUGCAAGAUACUCGGUGUAGAAGACGAACUGCAGCUGAGUGUUGCAGUCGGAAUGGUUGAACUUAGUGGUUCAGGAGCUUUCCUUGGGGACGAGUGGAGGAGUGCCAAGGCCCAAAGUAAGAGUCUCAUCUAUAAGCGGAUGACAGUGAACGAGGAGAUUAUACUAAGCCAGAGCAGGACUAUUGUAGACAGGGACAUAUUGUCCGGUACGAAUCCCGAUGCGACGCACGUCGUAGUAGGUAUUGAUUGGGGGGCUCAGUGUACAAUCACUUGUGGGUAUGAGAAUAAUGAAAAUGAUGACUUUACAGCUGUAACGGGAGAAAUGAGUGUUGAGCUGGAAAAACUUAGGGACGUCCUAAAUACAAAGGGAGGGGUGAACGAUCUCGUUGACGCUAAGAAAACAGAUGAGAGAAGUAGGCUUUCUUACAAAUAUAGGGCUGACAUUUUAACUACAGAGGAAUAUAUCUCUGUCACAUAUGAAGGAGCGAAUCAGAUUGCUAGAUCUUUACCUAAACUUGUAAAGGAGAAUACUAAUGGUGGUAAAGGGGUUCCUCUGAAAUACUAUCUCAUGUCUCUGGAAAGUGCCAGAAGAAAGUUAAGAGUCGAUGCAUCCGAAGACAUAUCAUACAAGGAAGUUGAUGAAUGUACCGGACAGAAGGUUUUGCAGUUUUUGGAAGAGCUGAAAGAGAGCAGUCGGAAGGUGUAUGACAUAUACCACGGAAUGAAUCAUAACGGUGCAUUCAUUUCCGAUAAAGCCCUUACAAGAACUGAAGAGGUCUGGGUCGAGGUCUCUGCACGAGUUUCCAAUUUCAAAACCGAUCUCCUGGAAAGAGUUAAAAAGGUUAGAUCAGGGGAAGAUAACAUUAGUGUCCUGGAAGAGUUUAUGAGUACGAUGAACUCUGAAGAGGUGUCUGCUUCAAAGUACGAGGAGGAAUUCAAACCACACCUGCAGAAAGUCAGAUUUAUAAGGUCAAUGAUGAGCCAGGGGGUCAGGUAUAUCGGUAAGAACGAAGAGCUUGUGAAAUAUGCAAAGGAAAAUACUUUUGUUUUCUGUAUCCCAAGUGGUAGCGAUGAGGAAGCUGUGGAAAAAAAUUGUGAUUUGCUCCUGCGACUUUUGUCUUCAUUCUCAGAAGACGACAUGAGUGAAUUCAUUGCGGUAGACCAAGAGAUUGUAUCUACCCAUGUAUGGCCGGAAAAAGUGAAAAGGCCAACCAUCAAGAAAUACGUAGACGGCAUAUGUAAAUCAGAGGACCUCUAUGAGGAAGAGGGUAAAAACCUUGAGGAGUGCAUGGUCCAAGCCCAUCGCUUCCUCCGAAAGUCCGCCCCAAGGAAACCAGCAUUGGUGAAGCUUAGAUGUCCGAACGCUAUUGCCGGGAAUGGACGUUGUACUGGUGACCCAACCAAAUGGAAAUGUUCGGAAUGUGGGCAUUUAGUCGAUUAUGGUUCAACUACCAAGAUGUUUUACUGCACAUGUGGAGCAUCGAAUCCUAAGGAUUCAAGGUUUCGAUGUAAUGAUCCGCAACAUGGCUUGAAGUUUAUGAAGUACCCAAAGGACCUCCUAUGGGACGACCUUUCCCAGCUAAAGCCAAUACGAGAAGUGAACAUCCUCAUCCUAGGUGAGACAGGUGUUGGUAAAUCAACGUGGAUCAAUGGGAUUCAGAACUAUCUGUCAUUCGCCAAUUUAUCCGAGGCAAUGGAUUCUCAAGACUUCCCUGUCUUGAUCCCAUCGUCUUUCACCUUAACACAGGAUGGUAAACAAAAGAAAAUCAAAAUAGGGACAGAUGAUCCCAACGAGGUCCAGGAAACUGGAAAAUCAGCAACGAAGGAACCGCGGUCAUAUGUCUUCACCGUUGGUGACAUACGAUUGCGUUUGAUUGACACACCAGGAAUAGGAGAUUGCGGUGGAAUCGAACAGGACGACAUCAAUAUGACAAAUAUUUUGUCCCACCUCCUGUACUACCCUGAGAUUCAUGCAAUAUGCAUACUCUUAAAGCCGAACAAUGCGCGGCUCACUGUCAUGUUCCGAUUCUGCAUCCAAGAACUGCUUGUGCAAUUGCACAAUUCUGCCAAGAACAACAUUGUGUUCUGUUUCACGAAUGCCCGACAGACUUUCUACCAGCCAGGUGAUACAUUACCGGCUCUUAAUGAAGAGCUAGCCAAGAAGAAUGUCGGAAUUCAAGCUACGAAGGAUACGUACUUCUGUUUUGAUAACGAACCUUUUCGUUUUCUAGCAUGUAUAAAGAACGGUGUCACGUUCGGCAAAGGAGAAAUUGCCACCUAUUCGUCCAGUUGGGACAAGUCUGUCGAGGAAACGGGACGUCUCCUUAAGUACAUUGUAUGUCACUUGAAGCCGCACAACGUUAAGGAGACCCUUGGCAUGAAUGAGACUAGAAGAAUCAUCGUUGCCAUGAGCAAACCCUUAGCUGAAGUAGGCAACACAAUAAAUCACAAUCUUGAUGCAGCAAGAGAAACCAAAGCUAAAAUUAUUUAUGCGGAUACUGAAAUGAACUCUUUGAGGAAAGAGUUGAAAUUCAAAGGAUAUGACAUAAAACGAAUGGAACUGCGCUAUCCCAGAACAGUAUGUGCCGCUCCUGAGUGUGUCAGGUACGUCCCAGUCGGUCAAUCAAAGGUACAGAACACAGUCUACGACACAAUUUGCCACAAUCGCUGUGGGCGCAAGGGUGUCCCAGUCGAAACAACGGGUAAUCCCGAACUUGCUCGAUGUGCGGCCAUGAAAUCCGAAUACUGUAAGCGCAGUAACUGUAGGCACAGUUACAAGCAGCAUAUGCACGUGACAUACGAUGUAAUGAUAACGGAAAGGGAAUUUCUAUCAAUCCAGAGUCAGGAUCAAAUCAAUACCAUUCAAGACACAAAAUCAAAGAAAGAAGCAUUCAUAUAUGAAAUCAACAAGAAAGUUGAAGAAUUGAAAGCUGAACAAGAGAUCAUCAUGACAAUUGGAGCAAAGUUUGGGUCGUUCCUGAAGGCAAAUGCUCUCAUUACAUACAACGACGCUGUGGAGGAAUACCUGGAGAUGUGUAUAAAACAAGAAAAAGCCAAACCACUCACACUUCGAAAAGAAGGUGUGCUAGAAAACAUGACUACAAUGAAAGAAGAAUACAAGAAACGGAGAGAGAUUCUUGACAACGCUAUCGCCGGGGGAGCCAGUGAAAAUAUCCAAACACCAGAACAAGUUCAAGAACUUCAAGAAGAGCUCUUUAGACUGAAACAUUUUGGGGGCACGCUGAGGAAAUUCUUCGACGAAAUUUCCCUCAUGCAUACAUCCAAGGACAUGUAUUUUGAAGAGGUCCAUGUGCCCCCUCCAAAGAGCGUUUAUCAACGGAAGAAGAAGGGUCAGAGGUAUAAUUGGGCUACAAACCUGAAAGAUAGAUUUUUCAAUUCGUUGCCUUGGAAAUAUUAAAAGACCCCAAACAUGUAGAUAUAGGAUACACAUUUCUAAGAGUAUAUUGGUAAUACAAAACAUUUUAAAUAUGUUACACAAGUAUUUGUAGGAAAUAAUAUAUUUCCUCUUCGUUCUCUUUUACAUCAAAUUAAUUUCAGGUAGAACGGUAUUGCGAAAAUUUAAUAAUGCAUUAAUGGCUUUCCUCCACAUUUUUAGAAUAUGAGGGAUGGGAUUUAACUUAAAAUAGAACUAACAGUUACACUUAUCCUGAAAUCCAAGAAGAAGAAAAAGCAAUCGUCUUAGUUGACAAUAAAGGGAUUAGAUGAAAACCGGGUGAACUUCGGAGAUAACCUAUUCACAAGAAAACCUUUAGAAAAGUAGUAAACAUAAUCAAAAUAAUUUAA